AUGAUCGGAACACAAGCUCAAAAGUUCACAAAGGACAAAGUGAGGCAAUUUAUUGCCUUCACACAAACCGGAGAAAAAACAGCAAUCCAGUGUCUGAGUGUACACGACUGGAAACUGGAUGUAGCGGUCGACAAUUAUUUCCAGAAUCCCGACAGGUACAACUGUAACAGUGAAGCUCGACUAACAAUCGAUAGAAAGAGACUUGAUAUGCUUUGGCAGAGGUAUAAAGACCCCCAUGAAGACGAGAAGAUGACGGUGGACGGGGUGAUGAAGUUCCUCGAUGACCUCAAUCUGAACGCCGAGUCUCGGACAGUCCUCAUCCUGGCAUGGAAGUUCAAGGCCGCCACACAGUGCGAGUUUUCUAAAGAAGAAUUCAUCAAUGGCAUGUUGGAUCUGGGCUGCGACACCAUCGACAAGUUGAAGCUGCGGUGUGCCAGCAUGGAACAGGAGAUCCGAGACCCACAGCGCUUCAAAGACUUUUACCAAUUUACUUUCAAUUAUGCUAAAAAUCCAGGUCAAAAAGGCUUAGAUCUCGACAUGGCUUUAGCGUACUGGAACAUAGUGCUGGCUGGCAGGUUCAAGUUCCUUGAUCUCUGGGUCAAGUUUUUACAGGAGCAUCAUAAACGGUCCAUCCCUAAAGAUACGUGGAAUCUACUCCUGGACUUCUGUAACAUGAUAAGCGAUGAUAUGAGCAAUUACGAUGAAGAAGGUGAGUGGAGGCGGUGAUAGUAGGCAGGGUUUCAUCAACAGUAGGCAGCGAAGGGUUUCAUCAGAGUUGUGGCAAAACAUGGAUGGAAAUGUCAGACCGGUGUGUUUGGGGUGAUGACAGUAGGCAGCGAAGGGUUUCAUCAGAGUUGUGGCAAAACGUGGAUGGAAAUGUCAGACCGGUGUGUUUGGGUCGAUGACAGUAGGCAGUGAAGGGUUUCAUCUAAGGUUGUGGCAA